UUAUUGUUUUCAUUUUGUUGAUCAAUUAAAAUAAUUGAUAGUGUAAUCUUAUCUGGGUUUGUGUUUAAUUGAGAAAAUCAAACCAAAUAAUAAUAAAAAAUGAAGCUUUUAUGUUCGGUGCCUGGCUGUUCUAUGUAAAAAUGAAUUCUUGGUGUUCAACUGGUGUUUGGUUUUGAUUAAGAUAGUUUUUAUGAACUAGAGAGAUGUGGGUUUUGUGUUCUAUGAACUAGGAGUCAUACAUUUGAUUGAACCAUUAUACCAAGGUUGAGUUUUGGAACUGAUCAGGAUAUAAAGAAGCAGAUAGUUGGUAAGAUCGGAUCUGAUGGGUGAGAGAGAUGGAGAAGGGUCAGCGGAGGAAUACGAGACGUUGAUUCAGACGACAGAUGUGGAGCUUCUGAAGAAAGCGUGGAGGCAAGAGAAAGCAGCCCCUGAGAUUAUGAAGUUCGAGGCUGAUUUGAUUGCUAGGCUCACCGGACAGAUUGAAUUGGUGGAAGAAAAUGUGGAGCAAGAUGCUCAAUCUGGUAUUGAUCCACUUACUGUAUCACUCUAUCAGAUGGAUCUGGAUAGGACACAGUUCUUGUUGAGAUCUUAUCUCCGAAUUCGGCUGCAGAAGAUUGAGAAAUACAUCUUUCACAUCUUAGCCACUGCUGAAUUGUACAACCGUCUCUCCAAGCAGGAGAAGGCCUUUGCAAAAACCAGGUGUCUUGUUGAUUUGGAGAAGCAUCUUGAAGAGAGUGUUCUGUCAAAAUUGCCUAACAACUACCAGUCUAUAUUCAAGCAAUCCAUGAUCAGUGAAGAGAACGACAUGGUGGCAAAGCCUCAAUUAGACACGUUUGUUGUGUGCAAAACCAAAUACUAUCUUGGACAUAUUCAGCUUGAGGACAAUGAAGAUGGACCAUCAGAUGACAGGGUGAACCAGAGACCUUUGGAGGAACCGUUCGAAAUGGAGCCUGAUGUUUUAUACUUUGUGCGUUAUAAAGCAAUAAAAAGAUUCGUAGAGGAAGGGAGGAUUGAUUUAUUCUGAGCACCGUAGGGGUCAUGAUCUUACAGUAUCUCCAAUUUUCCACCCUAUUGCUUUACAACCUUGUUCUGAAACUAGCGAUUUGUAAGCCGUUGAAGUGAGCUGUUGGGCAACAUUUUUGUAGGUUUAUUUAACGG